GUCUCGUCCGGAGGAUAUAUAAUCCCGAUUCAUAACCACACUAGACCCGAACCGAUGGAACCAAAGCUGACCCGAUACUUAGAUUGGAUCUCUCCUCUCUUAACGUAGAUCCUCGUUCAACAGCUCUCUCUCUCUCUCUUUCUCUUCUUCCUCUGUCCGAUUUUUGGAUUGAUUCUAGGGUUUCUAUUUUGAAACUCUUUCUGAAACUUCAGAGAGACUUUUCGUGUUCUAAGGUUUCCUUGAUUUAGGGUUUGAGGAUAAAAGAUGUAUGCUGAUAGAUUGGAGUCUGAGUCUGGAAGCAGGAAACUUUUAAAGGAUCGAAUCAAUGGCGGUUCUGACGACAACUCUACUCGUUCACGACAAGUGACUGGGAAAAGGCAAAGGCAGGACGAUAAAUGGGAGCAUGAUCUUUUCAGUAGUGACAAACCUCAACUUUCAAGUCGCAGAGUUGAUUCUGGAGAUCUUCGUGUGAAGCUCCAGAAGAGACAUCAUGGGUCUCAAAGUGGGAGAGAAGCUGGUUCAGGGGUGCGGGAUUUACGGGAAAAGCUCUCUGGGACAAUGAAUGUGCAACCAAAAAACAGUGACCCGACAAAAUCUAAAGUGGAGACGGUGAGACCUAGCAUGAAGAGUGUAGUGACUGGACCUGCGACAGAGACUACUAGAAAAACUUCCAGUCAAGCUACCAGGAAGAAAUCACAGCAGGCUGGUGCAUCGGUUGAUAGCUUUCUGGAAUCAUUGGGUUUGGAGAAAUACUCGACAGCUUUCCAAGUGGAAGAAGUAUGUUGA